AGGUCGUCCCGCUCACCGAGGUCGUCCCGCUCACCGAGGUCGGUCGUCCCACUCACCCAGGUCGUCCCGUCGUCCCGCUCACCCAGGUCGUCCCGCUCACCCAGGUCGUCCCGCUCACCCAGGUCGUCCCGCUCACCCAGGUCGUCCCGCUCACCGAGGUCGUCCCGCUCACCGAGGUCGUCCCGCUCACCGAGGUCGUCCCGCUCACCGAGGUCGUCCCGCUCACCGAGGUCGUCCCGCUCACCGAGGUCGUCCCGCUCACCGAGGUCGUCCCGCUCACCGAGGUCGUCCCGCUCACCGAGGUCGUCCCGCUCACCGAGGUCGUCCCGCUCACCGAGGUCGUCCCGCUCACCGAGGUCGUCCCGCUCGCCGAGGUCGUCCCGCUCGCCGAGGUCGUCCCGCUCGCCGAGGUCGUCCCGCUCGCCGAGGUCGUCCCGC